AUGGCCAGAGCUCUGUGUCUACAUCGUGCCCUCUGGCUUCUGGAGUGGGUGCAGCUGCUCUUGGGACCUGGUGCUGUGCCUCCAACCUGGGCCUUGAACCUGGAUUCAGUGCAGCUCACCAUCUACACAGGCCCUAAUGGCAGCCACUUUGGGUUUUCACUGGACUUCUACAAGAACAGCAAUAGGAGUGUGUCCGUCGUGGUGGGCGCCCCACGGACCCUGGGCCGCAGCGAGGAGGAGACCGGCGGCGUUUUCCUGUGCCCCUGGAAGGCCGAGGGCGGCCAGUGCAUCUCGCUGCCCUUCAACCUCUAUGAUGAAACGCAAAGCAUAGGCACCCAAACUUUCCAGACCUUCAAGGCCGGGCAAGGACUCGGGGCGUCGGUCGUUAGUUGGAGAGACAGCAUUGUGGCCUGCGCCCCCUGGCAGCACUGGAACGUCCUAGAUAGGAACGAAGAGGAGGCUCAGAAGACGCCCGUAGGUGGCUGCUUCGUGGCUCAGCUCCAAAACGGCGACCGCACAGAGUACUCGCCCUGCCGGGCCAACAAAAUGAGCCAGUUUUACGAGAGAAAUUAUUUCAGAGAGGACAGGCGUUACUGCGAAGCCGGCUUCAGCUCGGUAGUCACUCAGGCUGGGGAGCUGGUGCUUGGGGCUCCUGGCGGCUACUAUUUCGUAGGUCUCUUGGCGCGGGCUCCAAUCGCCGAUAUCAUCUCGAGUUACCGCCCAGGCAACCUUUUGUGGCACGUGCGCACCCAGUUCACCUACGACCACAGUCACUUACAAUACUACGACGGCUACCGGGGGUACUCGGUGGCCGUGGGCGACUUCGACGGAAAUCCCAACACUACAGAGUAUGUCUUCGGUGCCCCCACCUGGAGUUGGACCCUGGGAGCGGUGGAAAUUUUGGACUCCUACCACCAGAUGCUGCACCGGCUGCAUGGAGAGCAGAUGGCUUCAUAUUUUGGGCACUCAGUGGCCGUCACUGACGUCAAUGGGGAUGGGAGGCAUGACCUCUUGGUGGGUGCACCACUGUACAUGGAGAGCCGUGCUGACCGCAAGCUGGCCGAGGUGGGGCGUGUGUACUUGUUCCUGCAGACUCGAGGCGCCCGAAUGCUGGGGGCCCCCAACCUCCUGCUGACUGGCACACAGCUCUAUGGGCGAUUUGGCUCAGCCAUUGCACCUCUGGGCGACCUCAACCGGGAUGGCUACAACGAUGUUGCAGUAGCUGCCCCCUACGGGGGUCCCAGCGGUCAAGGCCAAGUGUUGGUGUACCUGGGUCAGAGUGAGGGGCUUAACCCAUCCCCCUCCCAGGUCCUGGAUAGCCCCUUCCCCACAGGCUCUGGCUUUGGCUUCUCCCUUCGAGGUGCCACAGAUAUCGAUGACAACGGAUACCCAGACCUGCUUGUGGGAGCUUACGGGGCCAGCAAGGUUGUGGUAUACAGGGCUCAGCCAGUGGUGAUGGUCACUGUCCAGCUGAUGGUGCAAGAUUCAUUGAACCCUGCCGUGAAGACUUGUGUCCUGUCCCAGACCAGGACCCCAGUGAGCUGCUUUAACAUCCAGAUGUGUGUGGGAGCCACUGGGCACAACAUUCCCGAGAAGCUGCACCUGAAGGCCGAGCUGCAGCUGGACCGGCAGAAGCCCCGCCAGGGCCGGCGGGUCCUACUGCUGGACUCUCAGCAGGCGGGCACCAUCCUGGACCUGGAGCUGAGAGGCAGACACAACCCCAUCUGCUCCACUGCCAUGGCUUUCCUCCGAGAUGAGGCCGACUUCCGGGACAAGCUAAGCCCUAUCGUGCUCAGCUUUAGUGUGUCCCUGCCGCCGGAGAAGGAUGGAGGAGCCCCUGCUCUCGUGCUGCAUGGAGACACCCACAUCCAGGAACAGACCCGCAUCAUUCUGGACUGUGGGGACGAUGACCUGUGUGUGCCGCAGCUGCAGCUCACUGCCAGCAUGAAGGGCUCCCCACUCCUAAUUGGAGCAGACAACGUGCUGGAGCUGCGAAUGGAUGCAGCCAAUGAGGGUGAGGGAGCCUAUGAGGCCGAGCUGGCUGUGUUCCUGCCUCCUGGUGCCCACUACAUGAGGGCUGUCAGCAACAUGGAGGGGUUUGAAAGACUCAUCUGUAACCAGAAGAAGGAGAAUGAGACCAAGGUGGUGCUGUGUGAACUGGGCAACCCCAUGAAGAGUAACGCCCAGAUAGAAGUCACGAUGUGGGUGAGCGUGGGGAAGCUGGAAGAGGCUGGGGAGCAGGUGUCCUUCCUGCUACAGAUCAGGAGCAAGAACAGCCGGAAUCCAAAUAGUGAGAUGGUGGAGCUGGAUGUGCCAGUCCGGGCAGGGGCCCACGUGGAGUUGAGAGGGAAUUCCUUUCCAGCCUCCCUCGUGGUGGCUGGGGAAGAAAGCAAUGGGCAGAACAGCUCUGACAGCUGGAGCCCCAAAGUGGAGCACACCUACGAGCUCCACAACAAUGGCCCUGGUACUGUAAGUGGUCUCCGCCUCAACCUCUACCUCCCCAGCCAGUCCCAGGCCUCAGACCUGCUCUACAUCCUGGAUAUUCAUCCGCAGGGAGGCCUUCAGUGCGCCUCAGAGCCCUCUCCCAAUCCCCUCCAGCUGGAAUGGAGGCUGCCCACCCCCAGCCCUUCCCCAGCCCAUCACAAGCGGGAUCGCAGACAGGCAGUCCUGCCGGAGGAGAAGCAGCCCUCAAGGCUCCAAGAUCCAAUCUUGGUGAGCUGCGACUCGGCGCCCUGUACUGUGGUGCAGUGUGAGCUGCAGGAGAUGGCGCGCGGGCAGCGGGUCAUGGUCACGGUGCUGGCCUUCCUGUCACUGCCCAUCCUCCAAGAGAGGCCCCUGGAUCAGUUUGUGCUGCAGUCGCACGCUUGGUUCAACGUCUCCUCCUUUCCCUACUCCGUGCCUGCCCUCAGCCUGCCCAGCGGGGAAGCUCAGGUGCAGACGCAGCUGCUUCGGGUCUUGGAGGAAAGAGAGAUUCCAAUGUGGUGGGUGCUGGUAGGUGUGCUGGGCGGCCUGCUGCUGCUCACAUUCCUGAUCCUGGCCAUGUGGAAGGUUGGCUUCUUCAAGCGGAAUCGUCCACCCUUAGAAGAAGAUGAUGAAGAGGAGUGAUGAGCCCACACAUCUCUGUUCUGGCAGCAAGGCUGGGUGUGAUGUUGUGUCCCUUCUCCAAUGAGUGCCCCCCCAUCUCUGGUUACCCAAGGCUGGGAGGGUGACAUUCUAAUAGUGGAGAUGGAGAUCAGAUGGACCCUGAGUCAUCUACUUGGGCCAGCAUCUCUCUCUGCCU